AUCUCUAUUUCUUAUUUCUCUCCAUCAUUUUCAUUGCAUCUGUUAGCUCCCAUUUUUCCAUUCUCUAUUACUCUCCUCCCCUUUCUUUCAUUCACAUUUCGUAGGGAGCUUCUUCCUCAUUGCUGGCAAAAUGGCAAAUGCAGCGUCCGGAAUGGCAGUGCACGAUGAUUGCAAACUGAAGUUCCAAGAGCUUAAAGCGAAGAGGAGUUAUCGAUUCAUUGUGUUCAAAAUUGAGCAACAACAAGUCGUGAUAGACAAAAUAGGGGAUCCGACGGAAACCUAUGACGAUUUUCAGGCCAGUUUGCCAGCUGAUGAGUGUCGUUAUGCCGUCUAUGAUUUUGAUUUCACAACUGCAGAGAAUUGCCAGAAAAGCAAGAUCUACUUCAUAGCAUGGUCACCAGAAAUUUCAAGGGUGAGGAUGAAGAUGGUGUAUGCAAGUUCCAAGGAUAGAUUCAAGAGAGAGUUGGAUGGCAUUCAAGUUGAACUGCAAGCAACUGAUCCAAGUGAGAUGAGCUUGGACAUUGUGAAAGGGCGAGCCCUCUGAGUACCCCCUUUUCGACUUAAUCCCACCUCUCUCCUUCACUGGGGGCCAUCCUGUUAUUGUUUUUUUAGCUUGGAUUCAACAAACAACUAAUCCAAAAAUGUCAUGUAUUAUUGCUAUAAUGCAGAAUUAUUCCUUAAACUCUGCCAAGUUGCUAAUGAAACCACUUGGAUUUUUUUAUUUUUUUUAGUUUCGCUUGGAAGAGGAAAUUCAUGUCUCUUCUUUAAAAGUAUAUAUCAUACCUGCUCAAUCUAGUGCAUAAAAGGAAAACACUUGUCCAAUACAAUCUUCUUCUAUUUAACAAUUUCUGCAA